AUGCGGAAUUUGGAUCUCGCCGUUACCAUCGUCCUAGCCCUGGGGGUCAAGGCUGACAUCAACCCCAACUACGAAUAUGGCAACAUGUUCUACCUUGGUCCCACGACCGGUGGCCAAUACAUCACCAAGGCCACCUACUCUAUGGAGGUCCCUGCGCCUCCGAAAGACUGGGUUAAAACCAAUGAGAAUGAGCGUUGGCUUUCCCUGUGGAUUGGCGUUCAGAACAACCCGAGCAAUGGGGAUGUCCUGAAGAUGAACUUCGUUCAGCCCUUGCUCAACUGGGGCCCUGACAACACUGCCUGGGGCUGCAGCGCUCCCAACACUCAGUGGUGUGUCGCGACCAGCACUUACACCCCUGAUGGGCAGAUUGGACAGCCGUACGUGGAGGUCGAGGAGAACGCGACCCUCGACUUUGAGAUCUCUCUCAACUCUGCCACCGACCAGAUCGACCAGAAGGUCUACAACAAGGGCAAGCUUCUAUCUUCUGAGUCAGAUUCUAAGGGCAUGAGACCUGCCGUCUUUUACUCGGGUAACGAGUGCUACGGCGAUGGCUGUGGCACUCUCGAUGCCUAUGCCUACAACAACAUCACCCUCGUCUUCAACCAGGCCGUUCAAAAUCUGGGUGAUUUGGUAACUUACACCAACGCCACUCACACCGAAUGGCAAACCAAAGACAACGGAAUCACCUGGACCGUUGAUUCCAUCACCAUUGACAAGGACAAUCUCACCCAGUGA